AUGUUCUAUUUGGUUGCGUUGACAGUUUUCGUACUCUUCAUUCUACUUCUACUCGCAAUGUUUGGUGGAUUUUGUGUUCAUUUUCAACGACGUCUCCGUAAAGCAAAGUUGGAAAAAGCCGAAUUGAGCCGCGAGAUUGGCCUAUCGGCUCUAGAUCCUGCGGCACCGAUCAAUAUCUCUGGAAAUCCAAUCUACGAACCAUUCGGCCUAUGCGCUGAUUUACAGCACAUCCCUCGACAAGCAGUCACGUUGAACAAGCCACUAGGACAAGGCGCAUUCGGCGAAGUCUACGAGGGAACUCUCUUAAGCAGCAGCGGUCAUUUGGAGCGAGUCGCUGUGAAGACCCUACCGAAAAGUGCUACGAAACAGGCGAUUAAUGAUUUCGAAAUGGAAGCUCUCAUUAUGAGCAAAUUCCAACACGAAAACAUCUGCGAGUUCAAAGGAGUUUGUUUUGAUGUGAUGCCUCGAUUGAUUGUUUUGGAACUGCUGGCUGGAGGCGAUCUGAAAAGUUUUCUACGCGAAUGUCGUCCCCGUAAUACCAACGAGAAUGCUAUUGAAAUGGUGGAUUUGUUCGAAAUGGCUCGUGAUGUUGCGAAAGGUUGUAAAUUUCUGGCUGAUAAUCGUUUCAUUCAUCGUGAUAUCGCCGCCCGAAACUGUCUUUUGACGAAGAAGGAAAAAGGACGCGUAGUGAAAAUUGCUGAUUUUGGAAUGGCAAGAGAUAUUUAUAGGCAAGACUACUAUCGUAAGGGUGGGAAAGCCAUGCUUCCAGUGAAGUGGAUGCCUCCUGAGGCAUUCCUUGACGGUAUCUUCACGGUGAAAACUGACGUUUGGUCAUUUGGUGUUCUCUUAUGGGAGAUCUUCUCGUUGGGUUAUAUGCCUUAUCCGGGUCGAAAUAAUCAAGAAGUUAUGUCACUAAUCGUGAACGGCGGACGUUUGGAGCCUCCGAAUGGUGUGCCGGAUCAAGUUUAUUCGUUNAUGUUGGAAUGCUGGAGUACUAUUGAUAUUGAUCGUCCGAAAUUUGAUGAUAUUAUCGACAGAAUAAAUGCAAUGAUCAGGGAUCCACUGCUACGUUCCUCACCGUUACCAUCGAUAACGCAUCGUAUGUCUCACUCUCAACUGCCCGUCAAAACAGUCCCAUUGCCAGAGAGCCCCCUCUCGAUGACGGACUCGAUUCCACAGAGCACACAGUCUCAAGCUACUAUUAACACUGUUGUCACAUCAUUCAGUGACAGCGCAUAUCCCUCAUGUGAUCCGAUGCCUACUAAAGGAGAUGGUAUCAAUUUCAACGUGUGCACACCGUAUCAACCGCAAUCAAGUGAACCCUUCUGUGCAGUUGAUGACACAGCCACAGGUGUGCAGCAGCCACUGACUGCAAGCCUACUGCUUGACCCGUCUGGAACUGUCAUUCCCUGGGAAACGGCAAAUGAUCUUGCCGUAACAAGUGAUCAUUUCACAUUCAACGCAACUACAAGCGCAUUUGAAUGCCCAAAUAAUCGAACUUUGAAUAAAUCGCCAAGAAAUUCGUUCGGGAACGAAACGCUCCCACUCAAAAGUGAAGCGCCUGGAAGUCGGCGACCGCUUAUUGAAACGGUAUUUUACUUAUUGUCAAUCGGCCGAUUGGCCGGUCGUUAA